AAGACUUCCAAACAUUGCGUGAGACAGGAAGAGGAAUGCUUCCUGUUUGCCUCAGAACUAGUGUUUGCUGUAGUUGUGGAAUAAAAGAAGGCUGAAAGCUGUGCACACACGCACACACACACACACACACACACACACACACACACACACACACACACACACACACACACACACACACACACACACACACACACACACACACACACACACACACACACACACACAACUUCCCAAAUGGAUUCUGUGAGAGGACUUGUGCUUUCUGGGCCCUGCUCCCAUCCAAGCAUCCCUGUUGAAACAGAUGAGAGGGUGACAGCUCCUGGGGCUGAAAUGUUCGUGUGUUCCUCAUGUGACCAUGGUGGACAUGAAGAUGGAGCAAAACCUCCUCUCCGGGAACAAAGAGACCCAGGCCCCAGCUGGCUUCCUGGGAGCUGGUACCAACCUGAAGCAGCAGCAGCAGCCCAUCGAGGUUCUCCAGAUCCAUACAUUAUGUAUGCCACACCAGCACCCCCCACCCCCUCUGAAUAUGCCUGGCCUCCCAGAAUUUGGCAGCAGGAGCUCAUGAACGAUCGCAGUAGGGGCCCCAGUCGCUCUUCCAUUUGCACCUGGGGCCAUUCCACAGAGGAAGCAGGAUCCUUGGAGCCCCCCCUGCCACUCAUGUCCAAUAUAAACUUCGAGCCAUUCAAUCCAACCCAGUAUCGAGUCCAACACAUGGCUGGUCCAGAUUCAAUCCUGAGAAUAGGUCUGAGACAGAACACGGGCUACCUACCAGCACCCAUUCACAGGAACCAUUAUUAUAACAAUCCUGAGAACCUUGCAGGUCCACUUCAGGAGACGCCACCCCAGAAUCAUCCUCAAAGUAGACGUCCUUCUCAAGUAGCUCCAAACACCCGCCAUGGAGUUGCUCCUCAGUGUGCACCACUUCCUGGAGACGUAAUGCAUGAAGUCAGCGUGAACAGCUCCAGCCUGGCAAGUCCAGGAGCAGCCACCAAGGAGGUCAAGAGGACUAUUAGUCUGCCCGAGGAGAGCAGAAACGUGUUUAUCACAUAUUCAGUGGACACAGCCAACGAAAUCCCGUCCUUCAUCAGCUUUCUACGUAGCCAGGGCUUCAAUCCAGCAAUUGACAUGUUUGACAAUCCUAUCCGAAGAAUGGGCAUCGCAAGGUGGAUGGACCGCUUUCUUAACGAUAAAUCAGUCCUCAUCAUUGUCAUCAUCAGCCCCAAAUACAGAGAAGAUGUGGAGGGAUCUGGAAAUGACGAGCACGGCCUGCAUACCAAGUACAUCCACAACCAGAUUCAAAAUGAGUUUAUUCAACAAGGCUGCCUGAACUUCAGACUGGUUCCUGUGUUGUUCCCCAACGCUACAAAGAAACACGUGCCCGGUUGGCUCCAGAGCACCACGAUCUACCGCUGGCCCAGUGACACCCAGGACCUGCUGCUGCGUCUGCUCAGAGAGGAGCGCUACAUCAUCCCGCCACGAGGCGCCAACCUCACCCUGACUGUUCGAUGUCUCUGACACGCACACAGACUCACUCAUGUAGCACUGCAGAAGGUUGUGUGACUCAAACGUUAUUUGUCCGCAGCUUGCCUCAGCAAGGUCAGAGGUCAACAGACAUUCCAGUGUCCAGCAGGUUUCUUCUGCCUGGAAUUUUGUGGUCUUCCACACCAAAACAAUUCCCUGUUUAACUGUUCUGGCUGUACAUCUGGAGGCUUCAUCCAAAUGAUCUCCCGUGCUGACAUGGAGCUGUAACUCUGUCCCAUGCCGAAGAUGCUUUUCCCUUUUAAUAAAACAAUAAAACAA